GCUGAGAAUGGGAACUCGGAAGGAGUUUUCCUGGCUUGAGAGAAAAGGGGAGGAGGAAAAGGUAAGGAUGAGAGAGCUGUCUGUUCUGUGUUCAGGCCUGAUGCCAAGGAGAAGUGAGAAGGCCACUGUGGGUGUUGUCUCUCAGGGCCUACUGGUUUGCAGAAGGGACUAGGCUCUGGGAGCCUGUGAGGGAUGGUUGGGUGAUAAGGGGCACUCCCCAUAAUCAGGAUAUUUCCACCAGGAGACUGGGUGCAGAGCAGGGAAUGGCCGCUAUCUAAGAAUACCUUUGAAGAGUUUACCCCUGCAGGCAACUCCUUUCUGAAUGUCAGUGCUUGAGGGUAGAGGUGGGAGAAGGAAAGCAAACAGAUUCCUGACUGAAGGGAAUCAGGAAGAGAAGGUUUAUCCUGGCCUCUCAAGUGUUGGGGGGUCUAGGGUGGGGGUGCCUGGACUGUCUGGCUGCUCAGGGCCAAGGAGGAUCUGGUUAUAGGCUCAGCUGAACAAGCUUCUCCCCUAUGUGUCCUUCUGCCAUCACCACCCCCAGUCAUGACAAAAAGCAAAAACAACAAACCCUAAAACAAAUACCCUCUGCUCCAAGCUCUGUGCCUCCGCUGUGAGACAUGGCAGUGGGUGACCAAGUGUGCAACAAUUACCCAUUUCUUAUCCUUCAUUUUGUCUUUACCCAACUUGAAUUUGGCCUCUUCUCCUCCUCCACAUGGGACCCUGAACUUGGCCCCAAAUCUGAGCAAACACUAAAGUGCAGAACACUGCUGUCUGCUUUUUUGUCAGUUUAUUCCCCAAAUCGGUGGACCAUGUCAAAUCAGUUGGUCACGCAUGGGUUUACUCCCUCUUAUCCGCCCAGGUCUCCCUUACUGCUUAUGCCCCUUACCAUACCUAAUUCUGAUUCUGUUUGAUUUUGAGACACUUGCAGAUUUGUAAGAUCGGGGCUCUCUCCCUUUUGCAACAGUCUUUUUAAAUUAAAGUCUUUCCUAUUUAAGUAAAUCUGGAUUUUUCUCUGGAUGACUGUAGCUAAGAGUGAUCCAGACUAAGUUUGAGCCCCCAGUGAUGGGGAGGGAAGGCUUGGGGCGGGGGCAUUUGUCUUUCUCUUUAGAAAGGUGAGGAGGCCUGAAAAGCAUGUAACUUUCUAAAGGAGAAUUAACUUCUAAAUAAGGAGGUUCGGGGAUUGCGCUGUAGGGGCCGCUGGCUGGGCAAGGGAAUUGGUUGAAAAACCCUGUUUCAGUGAUCACAGAUAGGAGCCAGGGUGUGCUUCGGGUCAGUUUUCGAGAGGAGGAGUGAGGGGUGGGACAGGCGAGGGCAUGAGUAAAAGGGUGUUGGUGCCAGAAGAAAAGAAUGAUUGAUGGGAAGCAGAUGCCGGGCUACAGACACUCAUCCUUUUGCUUCAGAUACUGAUACCUCAGUGUGUCUGAGCAUCCCUUGUGAGCUGUGAGCAUCGAGGAUCUACCAGGGUUAUUGGAUGUACAAUAGGAGAGCCAUCACUUUACUAAAUCAUUACCUGCUACUGGACAUCUUUUACCAGAACCAAACUAGACCCAAGUCUAAUAGAUAUGUUCUAGGACAACGAAAAAGCUGCAAGUCCUUCUUAAUGCCUAAUGCACAAGUAUGCUAGGCUUCCACCAAAGUCCUCAAUAUACCUGAACACGCACAAUUUCUGAACCCUCCACUUUUAGUUUUGGAAUCUACUUUGAAGUCUCAUCCUCUUUUGUUUUAAUAUACAGACCUACCACCAUAGAGACAUAGAUGCACAUGUAAAAUAGAAACCACAGAUAAGUAAGCCCUGCUUUAGUUACCACAAAGAUUGCCAAGAAUUUAGAGAUGUAUUUGUCAAGAUUCCUGUCAAUUCAUGCCCUGUGGGUUACAGUGUCCUCGGUGAUGCAGCCCUACCCCUUGGUGUGGGGACAUUAUGAUGUGUGUAAGACUCAGAUUUACACAGAAGAAGGGAAAGUUUGGGAUUACAUGGCCUGUCAGCCAGAAUCCACGGACAUGACAAAAUAUCUGAAAGUGAAACUGGAUCCUCCAGACAUUACCUGUGGAGACCCUCCGGAGACAUUCUGUGCAAUGGGCAACCCCUACAUGUGCAAUAACGAGUGUGAUGCAAGCACCCCAGAGUUGGCACAUCCGCCUGAGCUAAUGUUUGAUUUUGAAGGAAGACAUCCCUCCACAUUUUGGCAGUCUGCUACGUGGAAGGAGUAUCCCAAGCCUCUCCAAGUUAACAUCACUCUGUCUUGGAGUAAAACUAUUGAGCUCACAGACAACAUAGUUAUUACCUUUGAGUCCGGGCGUCCAGACCAGAUGAUCCUGGAGAAAUCUCUUGAUUAUGGACGAACAUGGCAGCCCUAUCAGUAUUAUGCCACAGACUGCUUAGAUGCUUUUCACAUGGAUCCUAAAUCCGUGAAGGAUUUAUCACAGCAUACAGUCUUAGAAAUCAUUUGCACGGAAGAGUACUCCACGGGGUAUAUGACCAAUAGCAAAAUAAUCCACUUUGAAAUCAAAGACAGGUUCGCGUUUUUUGCCGGACCUUGGCUACGCAAUAUGGCUUCCCUCUACGGCCAACUGGAUACAACCAAGAAACUCAGAGAUUUCUUUACGGUAACAGACCUGAGGAUAAGGCUUUUGAGACCAGCCGUCGGGGAAAUAUUUGUAGAUGAGCUACACUUGGCACGCUACUUUUAUGCGAUCUCCGACAUAAAGGUGCAUGGAAGGUGCAAAUGUAAUCUCCAUGCCACUGUGUGUGUGUAUGACAACAGCAAACUGACCUGUGAAUGUGAGCACAACACUACAGGUCCAGACUGUGGGAAAUGCAAGAAGAAUUAUCAGGGCCGACCUUGGAGUCCAGGCUCCUACCUCCCCAUCCCCAAAGGCACCGCAAAUACCUGUAUCCCCAGUAUUUCCAGUAUUGGUAAUUGUGAAUGCUUCGGCCACUCCAAUCGAUGCAGUUAUAUCGAUCUGCUAAAUACAGUCAUUUGCGUGAGCUGUAAACACAACACUAGAGGGCAGCACUGUGAGUUAUGCAGGCUGGGCUACUUCAGAAAUGCUUCUGCAGAGCUGGACGAUGAGAAUGUGUGCAUAGAGUGUUAUUGUAACCCUUUGGGCUCAGUCCAUGAUCGUUGUAAUGGCUCAGGAUUUUGUGAGUGUAAGACUGGAACGACAGGGCCUAAGUGUGAUGAGUGUCUGCCAGGAAAUUCCUGGCACUACGGCUGUCAACCGAAUGUCUGCGACAACGAGCUACUGCACUGCCAGAAUGGAGGGACGUGCCACAACAACGUGCGCUGCCUGUGCCCGGCCGCAUAUACGGGCAUCCUGUGCGAGAAGCUGAGGUGCGAGGAGGCAGGCAGCUGCGGCUCUGACUCGGGCCAGGGGGCGCCCCCGCGCGGCUCCCCCUCUCUGCUGCUGCUGCUGCUGCUGCUGCUGCUGCUGGCCGCUCUGCUGGGGAUAACCAGCCCCCUGGGGAUCUAGGCGGCGCAUCCAGCCACCGCGCGGGCCACGCAAACACAACCCCAGCAUUUGCUACUAACAUAGGAAACCACCCUCAGACACCCCCACUCAAACACAGUGUACAAACUAAGAAGGCCUAACUGAACUAAGCCAUAUUUAUCAGCCGUGGACAGCACACCCAAGUCAAGACUGUUAAUUUCUGACUCCAGAGGAGUUGGCAGCUGUUGAUAUUACCACUGCAAAUGACAUUGCCAGCUGCAGAGCUUAUCGCGGAUUGGAAAGGCUGUGACAGCUCCUCAAACAGGAAGGACAAAAAAUCCAACAAAUCAAGCAACCUAAAAAAGGUUUGCUACGCUCACGUGGUGUGCCCUGCCCAGCCCACCCCGGCCCUGAGUGUGGACCAACCAAAUAGAAGCAUUCUUUGCCGGCAGUGCACUGUGGGUCUAAGGAAGUCUGUUACAAGCUGCCAUACUGGCCCGCUUCAGCCCCUGAAUCCCUUCCGACCUGUGCUUUAGUGAACGUUGCUCUGUAACCCUUGUUGGUUGAAAGAUUUCUUUGUCUGAUGUUAGUAAUGCACAUGUGUAACAGCCCCCUCCAAGCUCAAGCCAGUCAUCCCCGGUAUAUCUCAGCAGCACUGAGUCAUCCCAGUGCCAGCACACGUCCACUGUCCAAGAGUGGCUAUAGGAAAAAAGAAAGUGUAUCUAUCCUUUUGUAUUCAAAUGAAGUUAUUUUUCUUGAAAUACUGUAAUAUGUAGAUUUUUUGUAUUCUUGCCAACUUGUGUUACCAGACAAUCUGUUAAUGUAUCUAAUUCAAAUCAGCAAAGACUGACAUUUUAUUUUGUCCUCUUUUGUUCUGUUUUGUUUCAUUGUGCAGAGGUUUCUCUGUAAGGGCAACGAACUUGCUGGCAUCAAAGAAUAUCAGUUUACAUAUAUAACAAGUGUAAUAAGAUUCCACCAAAGGACAGUCUAAGUGUUUUCUUGUUGCUUUAACACUGGAAGAUUUAAAGAAUAAAAAUUCCUGCAUAAACGAUUUCAGGAAUUUGUAUUGCAAUUUCUUAAGAUGAAAGGAGCAGCCACCAAGCAGAUUCACAUUCACUUUACUGAUUUCUAUGUGGACUGAAUACACUCAGCUGACGAAUUUAGUACCCAGGAAGAUGGAUUGAUGUUCACUAGCUUGGACAACUUCUGCAAAAUAUGAGACUAUUUCCACUUGGGAAAAAUUAUAACAGCAAAAAAAAAAAAAAAAAAUCUAAGUGAUUGCCAAGAUUAUGCCAAAGCCUGUUGGCAGAGUACUAAGAGACUUUUAUUUUUAAGUCAUGCUAUUUUCACAGAUUGAUGUGACCAUGUGACUCUAGGGAUGCUGAUCUAUGUAUCUUUCCAAUUACAGUGUUUACAUGGAGUAUCAUAAGAAGCAACCUGGGGAACCAGGAAAGUCGCAGGGAAAUUGAGUGAUUAGCAAUUUGACUUUGAAUAUAUUCAGAUUAAGUAUUUACAGGAAAUAUCAAAAUAUACAGCAGCAAGUAGGCAUAACUGCUGUUCCUGAGAAUAAAGUUUGUUCUAAGUACCGCCCAAGGUGUAAUAAAUUCUUGUUUCUGCCUUUUAUUAGGCCAAUUACUGUGCAAGACAGCAAGGCGGGGAGGGUAGGGGCGGACCUCUGCAAAGUUACCAAGUGGCUGAAACAGUGUGUAUUCCAUUCCCAGCACACUGUUAUCCUACAGGUUACAAAUGUGUUAGCAGCAGCAUCUCCUGGAAUCAAAAACAAUUAUCAGCCCAAGCCAGAGUCUGAAGGGCAAUGAAGUCCUACAUGACUUGAUAGAGCAAUAACCUAUGAUGGUGUUAGGUGGAAGCCUACUUCCAGCUUGAAUUCUUCACCCUGUCGCCGCUCCUUGCUGAAAUGGGGGAUGGAGGGGAGAUGUCUUCUGAUAAAUAUCCUCGGUAAAAACUAGAUGAAGGAACAGCAUGUCUUAUUGGGUUUGUUCCCAGAAAAGCCAAUUCAAAGAAGGCAAUAAAAGGUAAACAGGUAAUGCCUGUGCUGCCUGCCACCCCACGUCUAAGUCGAUUGAAUGUUUGUUAUUCAAACCCACAGUCUCUUUUGAUGUAAGAAAUAAGAAAAGAUGGAAAUAAAUUAGAGCUCUGGCUUAGUGCCAGAGUGGCCAACCAGAAAUUGGAGAUUGCAUUAGAAGCAUAAACAGCAAAUUAAUUUCAGGCUUACCAAAGACUACAUGUGAAAAUGCCGGUAACAUGCAGAGUUUGAGAUUACUUAUAAUGAGGUGGAUUUCUAAUAUUAAAAUUGGAAUUUAAGUUGUCUUAUAGUUUAUUAGCACAAACCAAAGGCAGACUGUGUUGUUUCCAGCAACAACGCACUUUACCAUUAUCCGCUCGUGGCUUUGCCCCUAUGCUCAGGAAUCAAACUUCACAUUUCAAUAAAUAGUAUUCCAAGAGCUAAUUCUAACAUUUAAUGAAGGCCUGAUCUAAAUCAAUUCUUCUGCAUUUUGUCUUUAUGAAGCUAUAAGAAUCUAAAUUGAUGAGGAAUAUCUUGCAUUCAGUGUAUUUAGAUACAGUUUUUUGAAUUUUCUGAAGUGAUGUGAUCUGCUUUUAAUAAAUUCAAUUUUAGGUAUGUAACAAAUGGAAAUGAAAUGCUCUUUUUAAUCUGGAUUCUCAAAUUCUUCUAAAGGGUGUAUUAUUUUGAUGAAGCCCCAACUCAGUGGAUUUUAUUCGUCUGCUGCUUUCUAGCGUUCUGGCAAAGCUGGCUCCAUCUACAAUAUGAUGUCUAAGAACAAAAUUGGGGUGAAAAGUGGGUCCUAAAUUGUUCACAUACUUAAGGUGCCGAUUCUUGGUCCGUCUCUCCUUGGACUAAGCCUUAGGGUUGGUUGCUACAGUCAUAUAUGAGUUAAUCUAUCAACUUUACAACAAAGUACAAAUAGGAUUCCUUCCAUCAAAACCAUUGAUGAACAUAAAACUUCGGAGAAUCUUUGUCCCAAGGUUCAGCUAUAUGGAACAGAGUUGGUAUUUACAGGAAAGUAAUGAGAUUGCCCUGUGUUGGUGUGGAAAUGAUUCGCUUCUGAACACAGUGAUUCAUUCCUGUGCAAAGCCUGGAGGAGCUCUUUAGUCCCACAAGAGAGGGGCCCUUGCUUAGAGGGGCCCAUUCUUAACCUCUUCCCACUCUGUCUCAGUAGCCAGGAACCUAGAAUUCCCUGCCCAGCUGUUCUGCACCCACUUUUAGGGUGUGUGCACCUCUUCUAGGGGUAUACACUCCUGAAAGCAGGCAGCAUCAUGAGUGCACACCCUUGAACACAAGAGGUGGCAAAAAGUGAUGUGUGUAGAUAAGUUAGUGAUUUGGGCCUGGAAGUAUAUGCUGGGAAAUUCACAGGCAUGUGAGAAGAGGCUCCUUGCAGUGAAAACCAGAGCUCAAGAAUGGAAAAGAAGGGACUAAUGGGUGGAUGAGAGAUAAAGCAGGGCUCCCUCAGGGCUGGGAUCCAGUGCAGAACUCUGAGCAAUCUAAAGGCUCUGAAAUUAUACCUGGUUUCCAGUUGUUAUCAAGAACUUGUGUCAAGGCAGCAGAGUGGAACAUAGCAUUAUUUAACAGUAUAUUUGCUUGAUGUAUAAUUAAUAUUUAGACACAUGGCAUAUGAGCUUCCAUUGGUCCUUUUGUGCUGGCCCCUCCCUGGUUGGUCAGCCUGGAGAUGAACAUUGCAUAAGGUGCCCUUGAGUCAAAUCACUAAGUUGGUACAAAUUCACCCAGGUACAGAUCGGAAGAAGGCAUGUGGGCACAGUUCAACAGUUCUUAUAGUCAGUGCUCCACCUCACUUUUGCUCCAGCCUGUAGCCUUACUGUAUACAAGAAGGUCGGAUGGACUAGGGGCAGCUGUGAGAAAACAUAUCAUCUUCACACUCCACAGGCAAUUAUCCAGUGUUACUAGAUGUAAAGACCCCCGUACUCAGAGAUAGCAUGCCCUGUGCUCUGUGGGAGAUGGGUUGUUGCACUUCACCUGUUGUUAAAUGCUAAAUAAAAUACUUAUUUAACAGUUUCUCUGAUCACAGGAUUGUACAGAAUAUGUGAGAACUUUGAACUACAUGUUCUGUCUAUUUGUCAUGUGUUAGAGUCUAUCCGUGUAUGAUCUGGUGCAAUUUAAAGCUUCAGCUUCAGACGUCUGAACUAGAAUUCCUUUCCCACCACUUUUGUUCCCAUUAUUUAUCCAUAAGGAUGACAAUGGCGGCAGCAACUAAGCUACAUCUUUAAAAAAUCUGAAUAACUGGAUAAAACUCUGUUUUUUUUUUUUUUUAAGAAAACCUGACUAGACAGCCUUAAUGAUAUAGAGGAAUGUAGAGGAAUGGAUAGAUAGGGAGCACUCCUAGAGCUUGGAUCCAAAUAUCUAGUUGUGAGCAAUUCUUUUUUUUUCCCUCAGGAAAUCAGGACUACAUUCUCAUCAAUUUUCUAAUAAAUAUCCAGUGUCCAUUUGGCACAAAUAUUCUGACAGUUCUGACCAUUUCCAUGUAAAAGAAUUUUUCACUUUAUAUUUUCACUUUUUUACACCAAAAGUAGUUUUACCUUUUAGAUACCUAAAAUAGUUGCCAAUAAAUUCCCAGCAGAAACUGCACAUAAACAUAAUGUGAUGUCAGAAAGAUUGAGAAUGCCAACUAUUAUAUUUUGAAUUUUCACCAACAAUCUUGGAAACAUGGAGAAUUUUCACUCUUUACAACACUGAGUAAGGUGUGAAUGACAUUUUACCAUCUUCAUUUUGCAUCUAAAGAAUCAACUAAGAAACAGACAUAUCUCUUGCAUAAAUCAUGUUCGUAUAUGUAACCAGAAAUGGGAAAAUAAUAUUUGUGAAAAACAUGUUAAUAGUGAAAAAUGCAGUUAUUUGAGAUCUAUCAUGGCAGAAAAAUUCUACCCAUAAAACAUUUUUAGAGCAGGUCCUGAAACAAAUCUACCAAGGAGACCUAAAUGAUUUUAGAAAGUGUUGUUUAGAUUUAUACAGUUGAGCAUUUAACAAAUACUGGAAUUCAUCCUCUGCCUUUUCCCAUCACCCAAGAGCUCUUUUAAAUUGAUGAUUGAAUUAAAAUGGAGUAGUGACAUUUAAAAUUAUGUAAUGUUUUUAUUAACCUGAAAUGAUAGCUGAUAAAAUGGGCCUUGAUAUUCUGCAAGACCUAAUUGUGUUCACACUAAAGAUUUAGCUAGGCUGGCUGGAGCAAACUGCAGAGAAUUGGAAGUAAAAAUAAUAUCAUUUUCUUAAGCUAGUCUCUUUUUUUUUUUUUUUUUUUUUUUUUUAGAGAUGUCACUUUUAACUGUUAUUUAAUUAGCGAACAGUGCAUUCCGUGGGGGGGGGGGGAACCCUAACUAGAAGAGAGAAAAAAAAUAAUAACUACCCCUCCUACAUCUGUCUGAACAGACACUGAAAUUCCUGCAUGGCGAGGAUGUGUCAAGUUAUGUUAAAGACGUAAUGUACCAUGUGUGUAUCCGCCAGCCACCCUGCCCUGAUAGUGCGCAUUAUGGCUUUGCUCUUACCGGGGGAAGUCAUUCUAAUCUAAUAAAAGAAGGAAAAUGGCAGAAAAUCGCACACCUGAAGUCCUGUUAAGAAUAGGUGAUUCUUUUUGCCCCAGGCAGGCAAGAACAUAAUGUCAUUUUUGUUCAUUUGUAUUUUGCUCUGAAGGAGGGUCUGCUCCUGUGGGGGAAUGAUUUUCCCUCUACCCGUGUGAAACUCGGAAAAAAAAAAAAAAAAAAAAAAACGUUCUCCAAGGAAAUAGCAUUUUGCUAUUUCCCAGUCGUGCCUACCCCGUGAAGCCCUGAGUAAUUGUUUUGGCUUUCAUGGUGUGAUAAACACCUAAAGGCAAGAGAUUAUUGUCAUCACUCUCCAUCUCUUUUUCUCUCCCUUUAGGAAAAAAAAAAAAAAGAAAGAAAAAAUGGGUGCAAACAGCACUGUUUGCAGGAAUCCUUCAGUUAGUUUAUGCCUAAUUAUGACGACCUCGGCUAAAUAUUUAGUUUAUUAAAUUAAUAGUGUGACAAGUAUUGGAGCAGCUUUACAACCACUUAAAGUCGUGUUUACAUCCUGUGUAAUUACAAUUCAUAAUAGGGAAAGCAGUCAAAACUAAAUGCAUCCUGAUCAAUGGUUCUCAUUCUACCAGAUAGACCGAGCACAGCACAUUUCAGGAAGUGACUUAAAAACGAGACUUCUACAUCUGGAGUUCCAACCAGACUUGGGAAAGGCAAUCAAAGGAUUCUAGCAAUGAAGUGUUUUAAAAUUAGGUGUAAGAUACUGCGUAUAAGUGAGUUUUGUUUCGUUUUGCUUUUCUCGGCAGAGGAUCUAUUAUGCUUCUCUCUCUCUAAUUUAUAAAAGGCCUGAAGGUAUAAGAAAGAUUGCACUAAAGCCUAAGAUUAAGAUUUACCCUAACUAUGGAAAUUUUCCUUAAAUAAUAAGUUGUUGACAGCGCAAUGAGUGAAAAUAACACGGUCUUUGAAAGCACAUGUUCUCCAGCAAUCAGCUCUUUUUUCCAUUUCAUCUCUCUGACCCUCUCUCUCCUAAGCUGCUAAGGCCAUCUGUAUUCCUUUUUGUAGAUAUAUAUUUUAAUACGUUCGUGGUUGUUCUGGAAGCCGCAUGAAAUCAAAGUGAAAAUAACCUAGUCAAGAGUGUGGUGUAAGUUACCAGUGAUCACAUUAGCUCCACAACUCUGGUGUAUUUCUCAUGGCAGCAUGGAGGCUCAAUGGGCACUUACUUCCUCUGGGUACCUGGGUCCUUUAGGCUUUAAAGGAUGUUGGUUCCAGUAAAGAGUCCCAUAUAAAAUUCUUGGGAGAAUCUCUGUUUCUGAAUAAUUUAAAUUUCUGCAGUAAUACCUUAAUAACAAAAGCCUCAUAUCUCACAGUCAUUUCCAAUUAAAUGAUAACUAAAUUUGGACAAUUGGAUAUAUUUCAUUUUUCAUUCAAUCUGAAUAUGUACCUAUUUCCGCGUAAAUGCGCGCUUUAAUGUGCACACGUGUUUUCAUUUACAAUCACAUACCGGUAUUAUUUGAGUCACUAAGGGCUGCUUCUAAUCAAAGGCAGAUAGCACUAGGUUGAUUUGAGACUCGCCUAUUAGAGGACGUUGCCACAGAGAUUUAAAUCCCUCCUCAUUCAUCAGAUCCUGUCACCUGAAAGAUGAGCACCCUCAGAAAAACUCUGCAGUAGUGUGGGUUUUUGAUUCUGUUCUUGAGGUUGGGAAAGAGCAACCACUCCGUCUUCCCUGUUGCAGACAUUUUGCUAGAAAGGGCUCAAACUGUAUCUUCCCCAUGCUUGUCCUAACAUUUAAAAAAAUAAAAUAUGUGUCACACUGGAGCACACUUGGAUUUAAUGGCACCGACUCAUUUUCGUUUGGGCUGGUUUGUUUUGUUUUUAUAGGUGUUCUCAGUUACAAGCAUCACAUCAGGAGCAAAGGUCUUUCUAAAUGUCUGUAUGGUUUCCUGAGGUGUAGGCGCUCCUACUGUUCGGGGCUCUGGUUCGCAUUCUCUCCCAUCCUCUAGCCCUGCACUAUCCAAAUGGGUAGCGACUAGCCACCUAUGGCUUUUGAGCAAUUGAAUGUGGUUAGUCCAAAUUGACAUGUCCUGUGAAUGUAAGGUACUUACCAGAUUCAGAGUAUGAAACAAGAAAAUGUGAAAUAUCUCUUUAAUCAUUUUCAUAUUGAUUACAUGUUGGAAUGAUAAUAUUUUGGAGACGCUCUGUUAAAUAAAAUAUAUAUUAUUGAAU